GUAUUGGGUAAAAAUCCAUAGAAAACCUGACUUAAAGCAUCCACCUUUGGCAUUCAUCACCACCUCUCAUUGCUCAACCUGGAUACGAGCAGAGCUUUUUUCAUGAGACUUGAUGAGAAUUGAAUUAAGCUGCUGUGAGGGCCCUGUUCUCCCAUGCAAAGAGCAUGACAAUAUCAACGUAGCAAAACCACCCUCUCCAAAAUGCUGGAUCCUGGAGCUUCAGAAAGCUGACUACGAAGCCCCAGAUGUAGGAGGGCAGCCAAGAACCUGUUGCUUCACUUUCUCUUCGAGCUCCUGGGCAGCCUGGGCAGUGUUGUAUUUGGAAGCUGCACCCUGUGCAUGUAAAGCAAACUCUCGAUCUGAGCCAUGCCAGCACGAAACAAGUCCCCUUUGUUUCGUAAGAGUUUGUUGGAUGUCUCUAAGGCACGUAUUGAUGAGGAAGACAAGUGCCCUUCUCUCUGCCAAGCCUGCACGGAUUAAUCCAGGCAUCAGGUGAAAUGCUUUCCUAAGGCUGGGAAGUAAGAAAGCUGGAAAUUUCAGCCCUCAGCCUUCCGUUUCAGUACGAGACUGAAAAUUAACAAUUUUCAAAGGCCCAAUUAAUCUGAAAACGCAGGCUAGAACUUGUGCAGUCUGGAGGGAUGUCUGGCAUUGAGUUUUGAAAAAAAGCAUUUUGUUUUCUAGCAGCCAAGGCUGUCCAUUGCUCCAAUGAUGCUUUUAGUUACAGGCACUCUCCUGCCCAGGGCUGCAAUGGGGCUACAGCCACCCAGCUGGGGACACCUGGGUCCAGCAGACAUGAGGGGACGGGGUGCACAACAGACACCUGCAUCCAUUUCAGGACAGGGGAGAAACUGAGAGGUGAAAGAAACCUGCCAUUGUUUCCACUUGGUAUCAGUAAUUUUCUCCCUGGUUGCACGCAGCCGGUUCCUCCUGAACCAGUGGCUGCCAUUGGGUCUGGUAGGGGGAGGGUUUGGCCAGUGUUUCCAUAGAGGAGAAGGGAUUGAAAUGAUAAUUAAGGUAACCAAAAAAUCAAGCUAUUAAAACAAAGUCUUGCCAAAAAAAAUCAGGAGGAUGUUUUUAAAAGUUAAAAGCAUCUCCAUUGUAUGAAAUCAUGAAUGUACUUAGAAAAAAAAAUAAGGCUGAUCAAGCUACAGAACACACCCCUUUAUAUCUACACAUUUAUAAAUUCUGAAACACUUUAUCAGCAUUAUAGGAGCGCAGUUAAAAUGAAACCCAUGCUGACCAUUGUGUGGAUGCUACUGCUGCAUGGAGGGGGUCUGCAGGCGUCAGAAUUCUCCCUGAGGCUGGUGAAUGGGCAGAACAGAUGUCAGGGCCGUGUUGAAGUGUUAUACAACGGAGUCUGGGGAACAAUUUGUGACGACUCCUGGGACAGAAGAGAUGCUGACGUGGUGUGCGGUCAGCUCGGGUGCGGCAGAGCCACCGCGGCCGUGGGAGAAGCCCUCUUUGGUGAAGGCACAGGAGAAAUCCUCCUGGACGAAGUGCAGUGCCAAGGGAAUGAAGCUUUUCUCUGGCAGUGCUCCCAUGACGGGUGGUUCGCCAAUGACUGCUUUCACCAGGAAGAUGCCGGUGUCAUCUGCGGAGCUUCUUUGAUGUCUGAAGUUCCUGGUAAUUUUCCUGACUUGUCCCUGAGGCUUGUGAAUGGGAGGAACCGAUGCGAGGGCCGUGUCGAGGUCUAUUACCAGGGCAGCUGGGGCACCGUCUGCGAUGACUCCUGGGACCUGAGGGAUGCUGAGGUCGUCUGCAGCCAGCUGGGGUGCGGCAGGGCUCUUUCUGCCCCUGGAAAUGCCAAUUUUAGUCAAGGCUCAGGAGAGAUCCUUCUGGACGAUGUGCGGUGUAAUGGGAACGAGGCUUACCUCUGGGAGUGCCCCAGCAGAGGGUGGUUGGUCCACAACUGCGUGCACGUGGAAGAUGCCAGCGCCGUUUGCUCAGCUUCCACAGGAUCUGAAACGACAGCUUCUACAGGAACUGAAAUACCUGAAGUGUCCUUGAGGCUGAUAAAUGGUAGAGACAGGUGUGAAGGUCGUGUGGAAGUCUACUACAAAGGAAGCUGGGGGACGGUCUGUGAUGACUUCUGGGACAUAAAUGAUGCACAGGUCGUGUGCAGGCAGCUAGGAUGUGGAGAAGCUCUUUCUGCACUGGGAAAUGCCCACUUCUCUCCAGGACUAGGGGACAUUCUCCUGGAUGAUGUGCAGUGCCUUGGAAGUGAAUCUUACCUGUGGGAAUGCUCUCAUAGAGGAUGGUCAACACAUAACUGCGGGCACAGAGAAGAUGCUGGUGUGCGUUGCUCAGCUUCUAGGGGAGACAGAACUCCUGAAAUGUCUCUGCGGCUGGAGAAUGGUGAUAAUCAAUGUGAGGGGCGUGUCGAAAUUUUUUACAAAGGACAAUGGGGAACAGUCUGCGAUGAUUUCUGGGAUAUCAAUGAUGCUCAGGUCGUUUGCAGACAGCUUGGGUGUGGCGAGCCCAUGUCGGCACCAGGAGCUGCCCAGUUUGGGGAAGGCUCUGGAGUUAUUUUCCUGGAUGAUGUACAGUGCAGAGGCAAUGAAUUUUACCUAUGGGAAUGCUCCCACAAUGGUUGGUCAAUACAUAACUGUGGCCACAAUGAAGAUGCCAGCGUUGUCUGCUCAGGGCCUGCAGCAUAAGCAGAAUGGAUAAAGAUUUGCAUUGCCUUUAACGCUUGUAAAUUUCUGAGGCAUCUAAAGAAAUCUCAGCAGGCACUUUCACCUUACAGAUCUGUGAAGUCUCCAUGAGAACGGGAUUUCUCAAUGUGGAGUAAUGAGGAAAGCUUCUUUCCAAUCACUUUUAUCUGUUGCAAACUCAAAGUCUCAGUGAUUGCAUCCGCUACCUGCCUGACACUCCCAAAGCUGACUCUUGUGACUUCUGUUUUCAGCCUUUAGUUCACAUAGCAGAAUAUAAGCUGUUUCUACUCCUUCUGCUCUAUAAAGUCCACUACGAUUUGGUGUACCCAGUAAGAAAACUUUGAGACAAACAAAGUUUGUCUCAAAAGAGGUUUGACACAGGAGAUUUGACACAGGAGACUUGUUCAGUCUGGAGUCAGAAAAGGAUGACGACCUUCCUCCAUUGUAGAGAUCUACUUGGCACACCUAUGUCCACAACAGUCCCCUCUCUUGGAGAGGACAGAGAAGUAGUGCUUGUGGUGUUCUCCCACCACUCCAUGCCUCUGAUUCCUGUAUCUGAAGAGAUAAAAAUGGCUCCAUUGCCAUCCAUCGCAGGCUGCUGGCCUCAGCCACAGAACCAGAACAGUUCUGGGUUGAGACUGAGGAUCCUCUGGAGAUGUGAAGUUUGAACACUGCUACCCUUACAUACUUUUCACUUUAGCUGAUGGUGCUGUUUACUCAUGCCAAACACUCUUUAGAAAACGAUAUAUUUGUAUAAUCCAUCUAACAAUAAAUCUUUCCUCCAGUAAUCUCACCCCAUUCUGUUGGAAAUGCAUUGUUCUUGUGCUCUAAUUCUCUUUUCAUGCUUGCAAACAGUCAGACAUUCAAAUAAACACAAAGCCUGAUUACAACCUGAUCUAGUAGAAACAUUUCCAGCGACAGAGAAUCAACACAGAUCACUCUAAUACAUGGACUGAAGAUAGUCAGAUGUAUUUUCUUUACAUACCUAAGGUGAACGUAUUAAAUGAUGUGACUAUAAGAUAUAAUCAGUUAGUAAUAAAUGCUUUCAUUGCACAAUAUUGAUUAUUACUCAUCCUUUUUUUCCAUACCAAGACUCUGACUGCAUUCGUUGUCCAAAUGUCACAGUUAAACAGGACACCUGCUUUUCCACAUCACGCCUGUGGAAAGCAGAGUCACCCCUUGCCAGCCUCUCACAACCAACCCCCAACCAAUGUGGUUUUCUUUGGCAAAUGGGGCGGGAGACAGUGUCACUCCAACAUGUCCCACUGAAACACUCUUUGUUGGUCACUUAAUAGGUGCUACACCAACUGCAACUUUGUUUGGAUAGCUUUACAUGUGAAUGACUGCAUUGUCAAAUUAAAAAAGAAAAAAACAAUCAGUGUACAAACAAAAGCAACCUACGCUUUUCUUUUACGUCCAGUUUUUCCUUUUACUUCCCAGCCACUGAUGACUCAUGCAGGAAAGUUUUGCUAAUUAAUUGAUGUAGUUAGACUGAUUAAUUCUUAUUAUUUAUUUUUCUAGUAAUUCAUUUUUGCUCUUUUGUUAACAGUUCAUUUCAUUAUCUGUCAUUAGUAGCUAAUAAAGAAAAGGUAGGGCAACAUCAGUUCUAUUUAUCAUUAU